AUGAAAACCAUAUCUUAUUAUGGUAUAAUCAUAUUAAAUUAUUUGGUAGUGGUUGGUAUAUUAUUCAUUGUUUUCCAUCAUCAUAACAAUUUAAAUUUAGACUAUACGAAAUUAUUAAGCGAUGUAUUUGCUGGUUUAAUUUUAUCAAUUAUCAUUUAUAUAUUAAAAUUUACUCAUCAAUUAGGAAGCUUAAAUAAUAAUAAAGAAUUAGGUGAAUCGAAUUUUGAAUCAUUUUAUUUACCAAUUGUUGAAGAGGUUAUAAAAAUCUUAAUUGUUUAUUAUCAAUUAAGUAAAUGCGAAAUUUUUAAUGUUUUAAAUAUUUGUUGUAUUUGGUCAAGUUAUGUUGUAGUUACAAUGCAAAUUUAUUGGUAUAAUCCAAGAAAUUAUGAAGAAAAGUAUGCUAAAUUCUUAAAGUUUUAUAAAUUAUGGAUUAAUCAGACAAAUUAUAGACAAAAAUAUUCACUACAAAAUGAAGAUGAGAUUAAAGAAUUGUUGCAAAAUUUAGAAUAUUGCAAUAAUAAUACUACAAACCAGGAAAAUCCAAAAUUAAGACACUCAACCCUGAGCGAUGAUUCAGGUAAAACAUUGAUUAAUGAGACAUUAAAACUGAAAAUCUCUGUUAAGAACCUACCUAUUGAAUUUAAAGUCUCAAAAGAUGUUACAGCUUCAAAAUCAUUACCAUUGAAUAUAGAGAAGAACUCGAUGGUAAAAAAUUAUCAAUCAUGUCAAGACUUUAUCGAUAAAUUAUAUUCGUUAUCACCAAAAAAUACAUAUCAUUUAAACAGAGCAACUGCAAUUGCUUUAGAAGAGGAAGAAAUUGAUAAUUUUGACAAAUCUUCAUUAUCUGAAAUACCAGAAGUUUAUGAAAAUGUUGAUGAUGGAAGUAGUAUUAGAUCUAUAGAAAUACCGAGAGUCAAUAUUAAAACAAUAGAACUUUCAUCACCACAUCCUGCUACCUAUUCAUUUAAAUCAGUUAUAAAUUGGUUUUCUUGGUUAUGUCCACCAUUAUUUUCAAUUGGUGAGAAACAAGACAUUAAUCAAUUCCCAAAUGAAAAUUAUCCCCUACUUAAAUCAAGUCUAUCAAGAUAUGAUUUAAACAAAUCAUUAAUACCAAACCAAAAUUUUCAAAGAUUUCAAAAUUUUCAAUUUUUCCUUAGUUAUUAUUUUGAUAUUUCAAUUCUGAUAAUUUCAAACUUAAACAUAGAUCCGGUAUUUAUAAAAUUUGGAAUUUUAUUAGAUAAAAUAUCAUUCUGGUUCAUCUUACUUGAUGAAUUAAAUUAUAUUAUAUGGCAACUUUUACUAUUUUUGAACAUAAACAAACUACUAAAUGGGAAUUUAUUCAUUAUUUGUAUCAUUAUAUUAAAAUUAUUCAAACAGAACUAUCUAACAACACUAAAGUGUAAGUUUAAUUUACUAUUCCAAACAUUUAUCAACUUACUAAUAUCGAUUAUAACAAUUAUAGAGUAUUUAUAA